AAAAAGGUUAAAAUAGGCUUCCCGCCUUCACUCAUCACCAUAUUACAUAAUUCUCAAUACACAGUAUAUUCAAGCUUGAUCAAAGCUAUUUUAUUUCUUGUACUAUGUCAUGGCAAAUUCUAGGCGAAUAAUAAACAUCACUUGGAAUUUCACCCAACAACCUUAUUACAAUUACCUUGCAAUUCUUGAUGUCUGUAUAGAAUCAAAAUCAUUAUUAAUAGGCAAAUCAAUCCAUCAACACAUACUAAAACACAAUCACUAUAACGAAAACCGCUCAAAUUUACUAGACAAGUUAACUCGUUUCUACGUAUCGUGUAGUAGACUCGAUCUUGCACGCCAAGUGUUUGAUAAAAUUCCUGAACCAGAUAGAAAUAAAAAAACCAUAUUAUGGAACCAAAUGAUUAGAGCUUAUGCUUGGAAUGGACCCUUUGAGAAAGCUAUUGAUUUGUACUAUGAAAUGGUGGGGUCAGGUGUGGGACCUACUAAUUAUACUUACCCUUUUGUUAUUAAAGCUUGUUCUGCUUUGCAGGAUUUCGAAAACGGCGUAAAGAUUCAUGAACAUGUAAAAAGGAAGGGAUUUGAUGGUGAUGUUUAUAUAUGUACAGCUUUGGUUGAUUUUUACGCGAAAUGUGGGUUGUUGGUUGAGGCGCGACGAGUUUUUGAUGGAAUGUGUCAGAGAGAUAUUGUUGCGUGGAACGCGAUGAUUUCAGGGUGCUCGGUGAAUGGUUUGUAUUUUGAGAUGAUGGGGUUGGUUUUGGAGAUGCAAGAAAACGGGCUAAGUCCAAAUUCGUCUACGAUUGUGGCUAUUCUUCCUGCUAUCGCGGAAGCUAAUAAGUUGCGUGAAGGGAAGGCUGUUCACGGGUAUUCUAUGAGAAGGGGGUUUGUGAAUGAUGUAGUUGUUGAUACUGGAAUUUUGGAUGUGUAUGCAAAAUGUGGUUUCUUGAACUACGCGAAGAGGAUUUUUAGAGUCAUGAGUAUUAAGAAUGAGAUAACGCGGAGUGCUAUGAUAGGAGCGUAUAUAACGUGUGAUUCUACACUAGAAGGAUUGGAACUUUUUGAGCAAAUGAGAAUGGAAGAAGAUAUCGGGUCUCCUUCUACUGUCAUGCUUGCCACUGUCGUUCGAGCUUGUGCUAAGCUGAAUGAUUUGAGAAGAGGUAGUAAGAUGCAUGGUUAUACUGUUAAGUCGGGGUCUAAUUUGGACUUGAUGGUGAGUAAUACCCUUCUUUCUAUGUACGCAAAGUGCGGGAGAAUAGACGAUGCGCUUAACUUCUUUGAGGAGAUGAGUUUAAAAGAUUCUGUUUCUUUUAGUGCUAUUAUUGCAGGGUGUGUCCAGAAUGGGUAUGCGGAAGAAUCUUUGCGGAUUUUCCGAAUGAUGCAAUUGUCUGGGGUUGAGCCAGAAUCUGCAACGGUGAUGGGAAUUUUACCGGCUUGUUCACAUUUGGCUGCUCUACAACUCGGAGUUUGCACCCAUGGUUACUCGAUAGUGCGUGGAUUUACAGAGGAUGUUUCUAUUUGUAAUGCUCUAAUUGACAUGUACUCCAAAUGUGGUAAGAUCGACGUUGCUAGGAUUAUCUUUGAUAAGAUGAAUAAAAGGGAUGUUGUCUCGUGGAACGCGAUGAUUGCCGGAUAUGGAGUUCACGGUUGUGGAAGGGAAGCAAUUUCACUGUUCUAUGACAUGCAGACUGUAGGUCAAAUGCCAGAUGAGAUAACUUUCAUUGGUCUCUUAUUUGCUUGCAGCCAUUCAGCUCUUGUUGCUGAAGGGAAGUAUUGGUUCUUCCGCAUGUGUGAAGAAUUCAAAAUUAGCCCUAGGAUGGAUCAUUACUUGUGCAUGGUGGAUCUUUUGGGGCGUAACGGUCUUUUGGACGAGGCUUAUGGUUUCAUCGAGAAUAUGCCUUUUAAACCCGAUGUCCGUAUCUGGAGUGCUUUACUUGCUGCUUGUAGAAUCCAUAAGCAUAUUGUACUAGCAGAAGAAGUAUCCAAUAAGAUCCAACAUCUAGGACCUGAAAGUCCAGGUAAUUUUGUUCUUUUAUCUAAUUUGUAUACGACCGCUGGGAGAUGGGAUGAUGCUGCUCAUGUUAGAGUUAAGCAGAAGGAUUCAGGCUUUAAGAAGAGCCCGGGUUGUAGUUGGAUCGAAAUAAACGGUGUUGUCCAUGCAUUUGUUGGUGGAGAUCAGUCCCACCCUCAGUCUGAUAAAAUAAAUGAGAAAUUGAAGGAACUUUGGACGGAGAUGAAAAAAUUGGGGUAUAGUGCGGAAUCAAGUUUUGUCUACCAAGAUGUUGAGGAAGAAGAGAAGGAACAGAUUCUACUUUAUCACAGCGAGAAGCUUGCAGUUGCGUUUGCGUUGCUAAAUCUGGACCCUAACAAGUCCAUACUCGUUACUAAGAAUUUGCGAGUUUGUGUCGACUGCCACAGUACGCUGAAGUAUAUAACUCUAAUUGCGAAAAGAGAAAUUACAGUAAGGGAUGCAAGUCGAUUUCAUCAUUUCAGAGAUGGAAUAUGUAGCUGUGGGGAUUUCUGGUGAAGAAGGAUUGGAACUGUUUUUGUU